UGGUGCGCAGCUUCGAGGACCGAGUUCACGUAGACCACCACCACUUCUACUUCGACAUCAGCGCCAUGGAAAGGGGCGAGCAGAUGCUCAAAGCCGAGUUCAGGGUCUUCAAGCUUAAGAGGGCAGCACAUCGGUCCAGAAGGUCCGACACGCCACACUUCUGCAAAGUGGAAGUGUAUGAGCUCUUAGAGGGUGAAAAUAAGCCACAGAAAAAGCAUCUCAUUGCAUCAAGAUUAUUGUCCCUCUACACGGAAGGCUGGGAAGUCUUCAACGUCACACAGACAGUUUCCAAAUGGGUUGGAAACAGCAGCUCCAACCAUGGCUUUUGGAUAACUGCGACACAUGUUUCCAGCAAUGGAAUGAAACACGACGUGGUUACGUUUGCCAAGAGCCAGAGCACUUUGCAGGAAAGCAGAAAUGCUCUCCUUGUUCUCUUCACCAACAGUAACAAACGGAGGUCUCACAGCUUCGUACCCUCUGCUACAAAAUCAGAAGCAAACCACCCUGCCAAAUCUUCACAUGUUCCUGAUGACACUGCUGUCAUGGAAAGCAGCAGUGCCAGCCUGAGCAGAAGACCCCGAGCUGCUGCAGCCCCUGCAGCCAGGAGUCCCUUGGCAGGAUGUCACAGAAGGGAGCUCUAUGUGGACUUCCGUGCCAUUGGCUGGUCAGGGUGGAUUAUUCACCCAAGUGGAUACAAUGCAUUUUACUGCAGAGGAUCCUGCAUCUUCCCUUUGGGGGAAAGUCUAAAUGCAACAAACCAUGCCACAGUUCAGUCCAUUGUUUAUACACUGAAAUUGUCUCAGGAUGUCAGCAUGCCCUGCUGUGUGCCAGAUGAAUUGAAGUCCCUCAAUCUUCUCUACUUUGAUGACAAACAGAAUGUUGUUCUUAAAAAUUAUAAAGACAUGGUGGCAACAAGGUGUGGUUGUCAUUAACAAGACUUCUUUUUUCUCUGCAUGUGUGUGCACCUGGAUUCAGUUUCCCAAUUAUCACUGAAGAUACUAAAGGAGAUGGCAUUUCAGUUUACAGGGCAGGAGAGACAGAAACUGGACUGUGCUUCAAAUCCUUCUCCUCUCACCAUGGCUGUGGAAAGGUGGCUGGCUUGUGAAGACCUGAGGACUUCAAGACCUCCAUGGAGAACUCUUUGAGUGCCUGUUCACCAAGGAAAAUAUUAAAAUCAGAAACUUACUAUGUGAAGGAGUUGAAGCACAUUGAGUUGACUGUUCAGGCUCAGAAUUUCUAGUGAUUUAACAGGCAUGGCAUCCUGCCUCCACCCGGGAUGGGAUGCAGGUGUCAGUAGCACAGCCCUAAUCAGUUUUGGAUGCACAGUCCAGUGGGGAUGUGCAGUCCUACUUUGAGCUUUCAGGGUAAGUAUUUGCCCAGAGCUAAUUUCAGAGGUUUCUGCCAUUUGCAGAUCAUGCAUUACCAGGAAAUGGACUUCUUCCCCUGAGCUUUAUGCAGCUCUACCAAAUGCAGAGAACUCCUCAUAAGUCCCCAUGGGACUUGCUAGCCAGUCUGAAGGAGCCCAUGGGUCAGUAUUUGUCUGGGAAUCAUACUUGGCUUCUAACUCAGGGCUGCAACUCUGUAAGGUGAGGCAGUGCCUGUCCCUGUGAUGGCUGUCAGGGUGUGUGGCACCAGAGACUGCCUCUGUGUGUUUGCUCUACUGUGGGAUCCUAAGCUUGGGUCAGAAUCCUCGUGGUUUAGCAAGAAGAAAGAAAACCAUGAAGCUUUGGAGGUCUGUGAGAAUGUGGAGAAUGUGCUAAAUACUGGCCUGGUCUGGUGUCUGAGGCAAGUUUUGUUAGAAUGCACAAUGUACCUGCUGAUUCUCUCCCUUCUUUGAGGAAUAGAGGGCACAGGCUUGGAUGGGGCCCCUUGAGAUCUUUCAGUCUUGCUACAUUUUCCUGCAGGUAACCAGCCCAUUGCCAUUCCUCAGUCAAUUCAUUGAGGUGUAUCUUAAGCCUGGUUGGUUUCUUGUUUCCAUGAACCCUUGAAGGAGGCUGACCUCUCACAGAAUGUGGCAUCUCCCAUGGCUAGAAUCUUCAUGGAGAAUUUUUUUACUCCAAUGAGACUUAAAAAAAAAAGUAAUGUUUUUCUUUCUGUAAAUACUGAUGU